CGCGAUAGGGUUUUAAUUGAGGAGCAUGUUAUCAUUCUUCUGAGUUGUAGUGGUUGGGAUCUGUUAGGAUUUGUCCCCGAAGGACGAAAAGGAUUGGAAAGAGAGAGCGACAGAGACUGAGAAAUAGGACAGAAUAUAUAGCAGUCGCUUCUUUCAGUUGUGUUUGUUUAAACUCCCGGAGCAGAGCAUAUGAUACUUGUGCGUCGUUGAAUGCACUUAUUUUCUGGGGAUACCGCGUAAUAUUUACGCACUGUGAAACACCGAGCUGGAGCGAAGUCUAUUCGGUCCUGGACGCAUGAUGCUGAUCGGCACCUCUGCCCAGGGCAACCCCCUCCUGGCCUCCCUGCCUGUCCCGGGACGGCCCCUGCAGCCCCACCUCGACCUCAAGCACUUCCUGCCCUUCAGGCUCAAUGGAUCGUCCCCCCUCAGCCUCUUCCCUAACUUCAGCACGAUGGACCCGGUGCAGAAGGCGGUGAUCAACCACACGUUUGGCGUCCCUCAGCCACUCAAGAAGAAACAGAUAAUCUCCUGCAACAUCUGCCACCUGCGCUUCAACUCCACGAACCAGGCAGAGGCGCACUAUAAGGGGCAUAAACAUGCCCGGAAGCUGAAAGCCAUGGAGGCCCAGAAAACUCGUCAGCGUCGGCUUGGGGAAGCCACAUCCACAGGCAGAGAGAAGGACCGGGAACGAGAACGGGACAGGGAGAGGGCUAAGAGUGCUGCGACUGUUACACUCCCCACUGAGACCCUCCCCGCACUCAUGGACACAGGCCUGAUGGAGGCAACGAAUCUGCUGCCUGCUGACCUGGAGCCAGUGGUGAAUUGUGAGGCUGUGAAGCUGGGCGAGAGCCCCGGAAGCAGCAGCUCUGUGAUGCUGACCCCUAUAUCUGAGGUAUCCUCAAUGGAGCUGGCCACCCUGUCCCCCGGGCCCCAGGGAGAGGUGUCCCACUCCUCCCAGGCCUCAGAGAGCGGAGCCUCAGACACCAGUGGCCCCGAACAGGGCCCAGAGGCCCCUGGAACAGCCCUGGAGUCAGGCAGCCAGCCGGACACCUCCAGCACAGAGGGGGGUGAGGACGACAAGGACCCCAAGAGGAUCAAGCCACACCUCCACUGUCCCGUGUGCAAGGUCACGGUCAAUUCUACAUCCCAGCUGGAGGCACACAACAGUGGUACGAAGCACAAGCAGAUGCUGGAGGGUCAGAGCGUCCAGCCGCGGCGCCGGGGGAAGGUGGCGGGGGCUGGGGGGCGCUCGGCCUGCAAGAGCAAGCGCCUGGGUACCAAGGGCAGCGUGGGGGUGCCCAGCAAGAACUUCCACUGCGAGGUGUGUGAGAUCUACGUCAACUCGGAGACCCAGCUCAGCCAGCACAUGAACAGCAGGAGGCACAAGGACCGUCUGGCAGGAAAGCCCCCCAAACCCAAGUUCAGCCCCCACAACAAAAGCCAGCCCACCUCCAGCUUAUCGAAUGUGAGAUAUGCUGGGUAUGCAGGCGGGGCCGUGUCUGCCAUGAAGAAAAUGUUCAGCCAGUACAACCUCACCUCUCUCUCUACUCAGACCAAACUGGCCUUCCAGAAGCAGCUGACCAAGAGCCUGACCACUGGCUUCCUACCCAGCCCACUCACCCAGCCCACACUGUGCACCAUGGCAACCAAUCCUCUGGCUCUGCGCCACCCGGCGGGCACCACCUUCUUUCAGACGCCCUUCCUGAGCCCCACCCUGUUCCGGCCCGCCCCGGGACCCCUGAGGGCCACGCACCCCUCCAUCAUCUUCUCCCCUUAUUAAUGACACAGUACAGCCCCCUGUCCCUCUGAGCUCCACCCCUGUCCCCCUCUGCCAACCCCCUUGCCCUGCCUCCAUUACUGUGACCAACAUGACGAGGGCCACGCCACACACAAACUAUGCAGACCACAGGAGCCAGGAUGGCGAUAACGGAGAGAGGCUAACAACUGCUCCUGUCAUGGAGGACACACCCCCAAGGCCAAGGCCCCACCUCCUCUCCACCACACCCCAUCUGUCUGCUCUUCCUCCUGUGGUUGGUGGCCUGAGGAACAGGACACACCUCCAGGGACAGACUGGUGCAGCCAGGAGGCCUCUCUCUUAUACAGCCAUUUCAUGGGUCGAUUUGGUUUGGAUUCUUAAUAUUAUUGUGUAAUUUAUUAGAGAACAACAAUAGAUAUAUCUGUUUAGUGUGGUUGCCACAAAUAAGGUCCCUUAACGUGAUGUUACUCAUCAAUACAUUGUUUCUAUUAUUCAUUGGUUUACUUUUUGUUGUUAUGGGUCGAUAUAGGGGAUGCCAGCAGGUGAGCCCAAUGCUCUCUGAGCUUGUGACUUUCUUCAGCCAUAUGUGGACCUGCAGAUAUGCAGUCCUACGGACCCAAGUCUAUGAGUGGAAUCUGUCAGAACUAUACACAUAUUUCCACCAACACCCUUCCACCAAGCCCCUCUCUCCCAAACCCUGUUACUGGGGUCUUGUCAUUGGAACCCAGAGCCCUGAAUUGAUGUGCAGAAUAGAUGAUUAAGCCCUUUCUCUCUCUCCCUCUCUCUCUCUUUCUCUCUAUGAGUCACAGCCCAACAUGGCCUUUCAUAAUUCAUUUUUUACCCUGCAUCCCCAGAAUUAAGCACUCAUUAAAGUCCUGAAAAGGUCAGCUUGUCAACUUGAUUUUGUCUCAAGUUGCAGAUCUGCCUCAUUAAAGAUCUUUGCUCCGUAGCGGCGCUGGUACAUUGGUUCUGACUGUCUCUAUUUAUCCCGUUGCGGAACGGGCAGCACAAAAUCAUUUUUUUAAAGCUGUCUUAUAUUGUAAUCUGCCAUGGUUCUCUGUAUCCCAGUGAUUUUAUAGUGUUUGAUCCCCCAAUUGUACUCCCUGAGCCAUAGUCCUUAAUUUUCUCUUGAGCUAUCUCAGCAGGAGCUGUUGGGUAGCAGUGAAUAACAAUUUCCCCUUGCCCAAAAAAACCCACUAAGGGGUGGAAAUGACUUGAUGGGUUUACAAUCCUCAAUUAAAGGUUUCCACUGUGCAGAGAGAUGUGUGGGUGAUGGGGGGGUGUGGGAACACAUUUCCCAGAUCACUGAUCGGAUCAUCAGGAAUGGAGGGAAAGAAACAAAGAACGGUGCCAUGGCAACCACAUUAAAAGCACCUUAAACAGAUUUACUUAUGAAAGCAAUGAAAAUACGUUAACGUUUUUUGUUGUUGUUAUUCUUGGUGUUAUUUUUCAUAAACUCAUGCCAGUUUGAUUUAGCAUUUUUCAAUCACACAAACAAUCAAGUUAUAAUGAUUCAAUUUUAUUGUUGAUAUUAUCCAUGAGACAGGUCUGAAUCUAAAUCUCAGAUCUAGUUACAUUUUUAAAGCAAUACGUUCAAUCAAUGUGUCUAUGUUUAGUACGGUUAUACAGUGGGAGAAAAUAGGAUGUGGGGAGGUGGCUUUCUCCGAUUCUGAACAAUGUAUCUGUACCUCUACAGAGAUGCUCCAUAGCCUACCAUACUGUAUUUGAAAGGCCAAUUCCAAGUGGCCAGUGCUAAGAGUAAUUUGAACUGAUGGGUUGUUGUGAUGCUAUUUUCCUUGGUGGUCAAUCUCAUUCUUAUGUUGUGACUGUGUGUUGAUCUAUGCUAUAAAUAUCAGUUCUCAUACUGUGGGAUGGAUGCUUCAGCCCUCUCUCGGUGUUGACAUUGCUGAGCUUUCACCUUACAGAGGACCAGGACACAGCUAUUAUAUGGAUUACACAGAACAGCCAAUGUUAUUGAUGUGUCACAUGUGCA